AUGACCCGCGCUCGCUCUGCCUCGUACAGCUCCCCGAAGACGUCGACCGGCUUCGACCGGCCCUUUGACGCUCCUCCCUCUCCUCCCUCGUCCGACUCCGCAACUCCCACCCGCACCCGCCGUCACUCGCUCGCCGGGUCUCGCAGUCCGACUCCCCCGCUCGACUUGUCUCCUCCGCAGCUCAGCAGCUGCUUCCUACCCGACGCCUUCGAGACGCACGCGGCGGGACUGACCGUCCCUGCUUCUCCUCCUUCGCCUCGCCCGACUGGACUACAAGGCUUCCAGAGCGUCGUCUCGCCGCUCGUCUACUUUGACAGCCACCCUGACGUGGGCGAUUCGGCACCGUAUUCUCCGCCUUUGUGGCAGCACGAGUUCCAGCCGUACUCGCCUCCUCCUCAAAAUCCGUUCGAGACGAACUGGCAAGUCGACCCGGCUCUGUCUGGCUUCGCUCCGUCCCAGACCUGCUUUCCACUGUCUGGCCUCGGCUUGUACGAGUCUUCACCAUUGAUCUAUCCCAUCUCUUCUCGCACUCCUCCUGCGUAUUCGCCAGACUUGGGCUACUUUCCUCCCAGUUCGCCCUUUGGCUUCUCGUCUACUCCGUUCCGCUUCUACGCACCGCCUCCUGUGCCCUUGCAGCCUGCUUGUGCUUCCGUUCCCGCUCCGUUCCCGCUUCACACGCCUCCUCCGCCAGGCUUCACCUUUCCCGCUGCCCCUCCUUUCGCCGCAUCGAACUUCCCGCUCCCUCCGCCUCCUCUCCCCUCUCCUCCCGUCGCCGCAUCUCCCGCCCCUCCCGCUCUCAGUACAACAGGCAAGACCGCCUCGCAACUGCUCGAGGAAGGCGAGGCGUUUUGGUCGACUGGGACUUGCAAGUUCUUCGACGUCGAGAAGGGCUUCGGGUUCAUCGUCGACGACCACAGCCAGGAAAUCAAGCUGGACGUAUUCGCACACUACACUGGCGUCGACCAGAAACGCGGCUUCCGCUGCCUUGCACCGACGAGCGGGUGCGUUCGCUUCGUUCUCUCCACGUUCCUCGCCCCGCCUGCGUUUUUCAAAGGCGAAGAGGUCGAGUACGUCCUGACCAAGCUGUCGAACGGCAAGCUCCAAGCCUUUCGCAUCAAAGGCGAGAACGGCGCGCCCUUGCAAGGCCUGACCAAUCCAGCGCAGGCCGCAGCUUUCGACAAAGCCGUCGGGAAGAUGCAGGACGGCGAGGGGUGUCCGCAGAUCCGGGCGGCAAUGAAGGAGCGAGCGCUGACGAGCGGAGGAAUGUGA